AUGCAGAACAGAUCACAGCGUUCGCGGAAGAGGGUGCGCGUACCUGCUGCACUCCAUACAGAACUCACAGAACAUGCCAUGUUGAUCAAGACAAUCCGGACAAAUCAUUUGCUUAAUCUCACUCACCAACUAUACAGCCAUGCUAGUGCCCAGCGCGCUGUCGAUCUUGAAAAUAUCCGUCAAGGCAAGGGAAAGUUGAAAUCAAGAGAUACGUGGACUACUUGGCCUUUGAUAGAUUGCUUUAUUCCGGAAUGGCUGGUUGAAGACGAAGUUAAAUCUCUGGCCGAAGCGGUGGCUCAUCAGCUCAAAACUAAAUGUCUAUCGGGAGGGCAUCGCCACCAAUCAGAAUCUCAGGAUGAUGUGGAGGAAAAGGACGACGACGAGUUGGAACCCUUGUCACCAAGUUUUUUCCAAGCUCUAGUCUGGCAAGCUACUAAGGUCCUGGUCUGCAUUUUGGAUUCCAUUCUCGAACAGCGACCGGCGGUAGCAGAUAGUAUGCAGAACAGGAUGUGGGCAUUUAAUUGGGAGGGUGUUCUGAGAGUCUUAAUCUCAGGCAUGACUCUAGACAGAACCGUGGUAUCUGCUGCAAGCAAGCGCCUGUCUUCAAUAUAUGGCUCAUCUAAGGGUCUUGACAUCGCUUUGUCGAGAAUUGGGCGCAUUGAAUCUCGUACAUCCGUGUUGGCUGAACUCUCAGAAAGGCACGAGGAUGCAUUUCUUCAGCAACCCACCCUUGUUUGA